AUGGUGGUUAUCACCAACUCCCUCUUUACAGAGAAGAAUCCAAGGCACCGAGAACAACAGCUCACCGGCAUCCUACAGCUGCGGCGCUGCGUCCCCUGCGCACUAGCGCGCCUCCCGCGCCUCCCGCGCCUGCUGUCUGCGCUUAGUGCCUUCAAACGCUCCCCUGGGCAUUGCUUGACCCUCUGGACUGAUACCCCUGCAGACCUCUCCGGAGGGAGGGGACGAAAUCAGCCCUUGGCUGACAAGGCCGGGAGCCUGGCGUCCAGCCCAGGCAGCGGGUGGAAAGGCGGGACCCACGACAAGCCUCCCAAGCCGCCCCCUCUCCUGCCCUCAUCUCCAGGCCGGAGACCCAGCGACCCCCAAAUCUUGCGGCUGAGGGAGGGGUACAGGGUGAGCAGCCUGGGCGGGCGGACACCAGGUGACGGCAACCCCAAGGAAAGCAGCCCCUUCAUCAACAGCACAGACACAGAGAAAGGAAAGGAGUACGAUGGCAAGAACAUGGCCCUGUUUGAGGAGGAGAUGGACACCAGUCCCAUGGUGUCCUCCCUGCUCAGUGGCCUGGCCAACUACACCAACCUGCCCCAGGGAAGCAGGGAGCACGAAGAGGCAGAAAACAAUGAGGGUGGAAAAAAGAAGCCGGUGCAGGCCCCACGCAUGGGCACCUUCAUGGGCGUGUACCUCCCAUGCCUGCAGAACAUCUUCGGCGUCAUCCUCUUCCUGCGCCUCACUUGGGUGGUGGGAAUUGCAGGGAUCAUGGAGUCCUUCUGCAUGGUCUUCAUCUGCUGCUCCUGUACGAUGCUCACGGCCAUUUCCAUGAGUGCGAUUGCAACCAAUGGUGUUGUGCCUGCUGGUGGCUCCUACUACAUGAUUUCCAGGUCUCUGGGCCCAGAGUUUGGGGGCGCCGUGGGCCUCUGCUUCUACCUGGGCACCACCUUUGCUGGGGCCAUGUACAUCCUGGGUACCAUCGAAAUCCUGCUGGCUUAUCUUUUCCCCGCUAUGGCCAUCUUCAAGGCAGAAGAUGCCAGUGGGGAGGCAGCAGCCAUGUUGAACAACAUGCGUGUUUAUGGCACCUGUGUGCUCACCUGUAUGGCCACCGUGGUAUUUGUGGGUGUAAAGUACGUCAACAAGUUUGCCCUGGUCUUCCUGGGUUGUGUCAUCCUCUCCAUCUUGGCCAUCUAUGCUGGGGUCAUCAAGUCAGCCUUUGACCCGCCCAACUUCCCGAUCUGCCUUCUGGGAAACCGCACACUGUCUCGCCAUGGCUUUGAUGUCUGUGCCAAGUUGGCUUGGGAAGGAAAUGAGACGGUGACCACACAGCUCUGGGGCCUCUUCUGCUCCUCCCGCUUCCUCAAUGCCACCUGUGAUGAGUACUUCAACCGAAAUAAUGUCACGGAGAUCCAGGGCAUUCCUGGUGCUGCCAGUGGCCUCAUCAAAGAGAAUCUGUGGAGCUCCUACCUGGCCAAGGGGGUGAUUGUGGAGAGACGCGGGAUGCCCUCGGUGGGCCUGCCGGACGGCAACCCCAUCGACAUGGAUCACCCCUAUGUCUUCAGCGAUAUGACCUCCUACUUCACCCUGCUGGUUGGCAUCUACUUCCCCUCAGUCACAGGGAUCAUGGCCGGCUCUAACCGCUCUGGAGACCUGCGGGAUGCUCAGAAGUCCAUCCCCACUGGCACCAUCCUGGCUAUCGCCACCACCUCUGCUGUCUAUAUCAGCUCCGUUGUUCUGUUUGGGGCCUGCAUUGAAGGAGUCGUCCUACGGGACAAGUUUGGUGAAGCUGUGAAUGGCAACCUGGUGGUGGGCACGCUGGCCUGGCCAUCACCUUGGGUCAUCGUCAUCGGAUCCUUCUUCUCCACCUGUGGGGCUGGGCUGCAGAGCCUCACGGGGGCUCCACGUCUGCUGCAGGCCAUCUCCCGGGAUGGCAUAGUGCCCUUCCUGCAGGUCUUUGGCCAUGGCAAAGCCAAUGGAGAACCAACCUGGGCACUGCUGUUGACUGCUUGCAUCUGUGAGAUCGGCAUCCUCAUUGCCUCCCUUGAUGAGGUUGCCCCCAUCCUUUCCAUGUUCUUCCUGAUGUGCUACAUGUUUGUGAACCUGGCCUGUGCAGUGCAGACACUGCUGAGGACGCCCAACUGGAGGCCACGCUUUCGCUAUUACCAUUGGACCCUCUCCUUCCUGGGCAUGAGCCUGUGCCUGGCCCUGAUGUUCAUCUGCUCCUGGUAUUAUGCACUGGUGGCCAUGCUUAUCGCCGGGCUCAUCUACAAGUACAUCGAGUAUCGUGGGGCAGAGAAGGAGUGGGGUGACGGGAUCCGAGGCCUGUCUCUCAGCGCCGCCCGCUAUGCCCUCUUGCGCCUAGAGGAAGGGCCCCCGCACACCAAGAACUGGAGGCCCCAGCUGCUGGUGCUGGUGCGUGUGGAUCAGGACCAGAAUGUGGUGCACCCGCAGCUGCUCUCACUGACCUCUCAGCUCAAGGCAGGGAAGGGCCUGACCAUUGUGGGCUCUGUCCUCGAGGGAACCUUCCUGGACAACCAUCCUCAGGCGCAGCGGGCAGAGGAGUCUAUCAGGCGCCUGAUGGAGGCAGAGAAGGUGAAAGGCUUCUGCCAGGUGGUGAUCUCCUCCAAUCUGCGUGAUGGCGUCUCCCACCUGAUUCAGUCUGGGGGCCUCGGCGGGCUGCAGCACAACACCGUACUGGUCGGCUGGCCUCGCAACUGGCGGCAGAAGGAAGACCACCAGACCUGGAGGAACUUCAUUGAACUGGUCCGGGAAACCACAGCUGGCCACCUGGCCUUGCUGGUCACCAAGAACGUUUCCAUGUUUCCUGGGAACCCCGAGCGCUUCCCUGAGGGCAGCAUUGACGUCUGGUGGAUUGUGCAUGAUGGAGGCAUGCUCAUGCUGCUGCCCUUCCUGCUGCGCCACCACAAGGUGUGGCGCAAGUGCAAGAUGCGGAUCUUCACUGUGGCCCAGAUGGACGACAACAGCAUCCAGAUGAAGAAGGACCUGACCACGUUUCUGUACCAUUUACGCAUCACCGCAGAGGUGGAGGUGGUGGAGAUGCAUGAGAGUGACAUCUCGGCUUAUACUUAUGAGAAGACGCUGGUGAUGGAGCAGCGUUCCCAGAUCCUCAAACAGAUGCAUUUGACCAAGAAUGAGCGUGAGCGGGAGAUCCAGAGUAUCACAGAUGAGUCUCGAGGCUCCAUCCGGAGAAAGAAUCCAGCCAACACCCGGCUCUGCCUCAAUGUCCCAGAAGAGACAGCUGGUGACAGCGAGGAGAAGCCAGAGGAGGAGGUGCAGCUGAUCCAUGACCAGAGCGCUCCCAGCUGCCCCAGCAGCUCACCAUCCCCAGGGGAAGAGCCUGAGGUGGGGGGCGAGACAGAUCCCGAGAAGGUGCAUCUCACCUGGACCAAGGACAAGUCGGCGGCAGAAAAGAAUAAGGGUCCCAGUCCCGUCUCCUCUGAGGGCAUCAAGGACUUCUUCAGCAUGAAGCCGGAGUGGGAGAACUUGAACCAGUCCAAUGUGCGGCGCAUGCACACAGCUGUGCGGCUGAACGAAGUCAUCGUGAAUAAAUCCCGGGAUGCCAAGCUUGUUUUGCUCAACAUGCCCGGGCCUCCUCGCAACCGCAACGGCGACGAAAACUACAUGGAGUUCCUGGAGGUCCUCACAGAGCACCUGGACCGGGUGAUGUUGGUCCGUGGCGGCGGCCGCGAAGUCAUCACCAUCUACUCCUGAGGGCCAGGACCUGCCCACCCGGCCCCGAGCGCGCCGGCCCGCGGCCCCGGAGCCCCUUGCCGCGCCCCCAGCCGUUGUCACCGUUUACAUACAGACCCUGUGCCCGAACCCCGGCCCCUUCCCCCGCUGCCUGAAGUCUGGAGGCCACGCCCGUCUGGGGUGACUCGGAGGGGACGCCGGAGCGCCCCAUCGUCUCGUGCGUCGUUGGCCCCGGUUGCGUUGCCCUUUUUCUAACCCCGGCCUCUCCCCACGGAAGGAGACGCUGCAAUAAACGUCGGGAGCAGGCGCGAAGAGGAGGAGCUGGGGCCUUGAGGACCCCCAGGUAGCCCACGCGGCCCCUUCCCCCUUCCCUAGUCCGGCCGCGG